AUGGGCAAACACAAGAAGAGUGCAAAUGCCUCCAUACAAGCAUACCUCACUCCGGUGACGUCCCCCGUCAAGUCUGAAGCGAGGGAUGCGCCAGUGGGCGAUGGGUUCACUGCCGAGGAGUUGCAAAAUGCCUUGAAGCCGAAACCUGCAGACAUCUGGCACCCAGAGUUUGAAUACACCGACAUGGAAAUCAGCGACCUGAUUGCUGGACCCAGGGCGGUGACUUUCAUGGGGCGAGUGGCGAAUAUGUUCGACGUGGCCAAUUCGCCGCGAACACCACGCUCCGCCAAAGGUUGCGUCAAGCUUUGUAUCAGAGAUGGCAGCGGUGCCAUCACGGUUCGCCUGUGGUGGGCAGACCGUCUUCCCAGCAUCAGACUGGGAUCACUGGUCUCAAUCUGGGCCAACCACAUCAGCAAUGGCGAGCAUGGAAUGCUAUCGAGCUCCAGUGCUCCCCUAUUCGCGUCUCUGUUCCCUGAGCGCGAUCGCAGCUGCCACAUCAUGGUGCAUGAGAAUAGUGACGAUGGCAAGAUGUAUCGUACUCCGCUCGACUACCGAGAUGGCCUCCCCAUCAAUCGCUUGAUGACCAUUCAGACCUUUAUGGACGGAGGCUUCGACGUGGUGGAUGCGAAGAUUCUUGUUGUGGUCAAGAGCAUUGGCGCGAAGAGGAAAGUAACACGCAAAGACGAAAGUGUCACGGAGAACAUCAACCUGCAAGUCCACGACGAUACUGGCGAAGCUACUCUGGGUCUAUGGGGCACAGCCGCGUCCUCCCCGACUGCAGGCCCAGUCCCCGACCUCAGUAACCCAGGAACGAAGGUUGCACGGGAAGCUUGGAAGCCAGGCGAGACGGUCCUACUCAUUCAAGCUCCAGGCUGGAAGUUGAGGCGAACUAUGUACCUCAGCCUGACCUCGGCCACAAUUAUCGACGUCGAUCCCUCCAUCCCAGACGCCGACUGGCUCCGGCGCUGGGCUCUCCGGCUCAAAACGCGCGAAGCCAUCAAUCCUCCGUUCCCCAAGGACGUAUUCGACGACGCGCAGCUCGUUCGUACCGGUCCGAUUCGUUGCCUGUUUACCAUUGCAGAUUUAGACGAGUUCAUCCGCUGCGCACCCGAGGAGACGUUUCAAGGAUACCUCAGCUUAUUGAUCAUGGAAUUCGAACUAGUUGAAUACUGGAAACGUCAAAUGUUGCUCUCGGGAGAGUGUUGUAGCAUCCCGGUAUAUGCCAAUGCCCUGACAGCGAUGUGUAAAGGCUGCGAUGUGGAAGUCCCGCUGCGGAUCAAUCCUCGAAUUGUGGGACAGGUUCUGGAUGAGACUGCAGCAAUAGGGUGUGGGAAGCUCUUGUUCAGCGACGAAGCGUGGUCCGAAUUACUCGGUCGACGACCGGGAGAUGUGCUGCAGCUGGGGUAUAGGGAACUCAAGGAACUGUCUGACCGGAUCCUAUUCACCCGAGUAUCUGUACUCUUUGGGUGGACCUCAGACGAGACUCAAGCCGGUGGACGGAUUUGUGUAAUGGGAAUCGAGGGAUGA